GAGCCUCAAUAGGCGGAAUCUAGUCGGUCAGCUAUCACGGAGCUUACAGUCAGGACACAGCGCGCGCGGAGCAGGAGGCCAUUCAACAACCGCUCGUGGGAACCACCUAGGAACAGAGCAUUGGAGUAUGGCAUACUGAAGUUCUCAGCUCUUUAAGGACUGUUUGAUAUGUUUGAAUAAUAGCGAGCGUCUACAGCAGAACGCAUAAACUGGGGGAAUUGUAAAUACCUUGGGGCUUGGUCUUUUAAUGUUCACCUUCCGUAAGUGAACGUUAGCUCAUUCAUUUCGGAAUUUGGACGAAGAUCUGGCUCAUUAUCUUCUGCCAGAAACUCGAGCGAAGAGCUGCAGUCUUCUACCUGUUGAAAUCAUGAGUCAGGCGGACGUGUCUUGCUCUGCGCGUCAAAGAGUAUUUCAGGAAGCGCUCAGGAAGGGCAAUACUAAGGAACUUCAUUCUCUCUUGCAAAACAUGACAAACUGUGAAUUUAACGUGAAUUCUUUCGGACCCGAGGGACAGACGGCGCUUCAUCAGUCCGUGAUCGAUGGCAACCUGGAGUUAGUAAAGCUACUGGUGAAGUUCGGUGCAGACAUCCGUCUGGCCAACAGAGAUGGAUGGAGCGCCCUGCACAUAGCAGCGUUUGGUGGACAUCAAGACAUCGUUCUUUACCUCAUCACACGGGCGAAGUACUCAUCAAGUGCGCUCUGAGGCAAUCAAAGAAUCUGACGCUGUACCCUUAAGCCUAUCAUACAUUUGACCACAUUGUGCCAAAGUAAAAGACAGCUUGUUUGUGAUGUAAUGGAUUUAGGAAAUUGAUUUGAUAUCGAUAGGCACAGCAUUCGAAUCCAAAAGGCUAUGUUUGAUAAUGUUGGGGUUGGUACAAUGUCAUGGAUGUGGUUUGCCAACUUUGGAUGCAUGAUGAAAACGAUUGCUGUGUUAUUUAUAGAUUUAUUUGAGAUUACGACACAUUGAACAGUCGUUUCAAAGUAAAACAAGAUGAUGCUAGGUGGUCCUACUGGAUGACUAGUCUCAGGGUGCGAAUUAUGGGGGGUCUGACUAUUUAAUUAACGCUUUACCGCCCCAAAAGAACCCCAACGGUGGUCUUGGAAGUACGCAGGCAUAUUAUUUUUACAUUUAUUUCAAACAACGUUUUUAAGAACAUAUAUAUAUAUAUAUAUAGUUCUUCAAAAAAGUCGACCCCCCCCCCCCAAUAAAUAAUUUGCACACUGACUGGACUGACAUAAAUAUUCCUGUACAGAAUUGCAUUAUGUACACAUUCUCUCUGCAUAUUGUCUAAAACAGGGACUGAUGUCCGAUACCUCAGCUGUAAUGCAUUAUGAUGGUGACAUUGCAAUGUUGGUCAUCAAGUUUAGUUUCAUAAUUAACCAUUCAAUAUCUCUCACCUCAAAUAUCCACGCAAACACUUUCUUGCCCAGACACUACCAAAUAGGGUUGUAUUUUGACAUUGUCUGUUGUGUCAUAAUCAGUACUUUAUUAUGGAGUUCCUAUGUGAAAUGAGUACCUGACACUAAAGCCUUUUUUUUUUUUUUUGCUGAUCCAUACAUUUCAAGCCAUGUUUCAAACCGCUUUUGUAAUUCAGAGGUUGAGAAAAUCCAUAGAUCAGUGUAAAGACUGCACUGGAUCCUAAAGCACAUUGGCCUUGUCUUCUUAAACCCCUUGUCAACUCAGGCAAGAUGUGGUAAGGUUUAAAUAUGUUGUGACGUUUGAAAUGCUUCAAAGCCAGUAUAGAAAUAUGCAUCACUUAUACUUGAGAAUGUUUUAAAUAUUGCACUGAUGGCUGUUUUAUGAGUUGUUGGCAUCAUGCCAACUUUUAAAGAUACUAUUUUUCUAAAUAGAAAAACAUUUCUUAUUCUAUGGAAGCUCCAGGGUGGUUUUCACUCAUUCUUUGCAAAGGCUUUUAUAUGCCUACUGAAUUACUGUAUGUGUAAUUAUGUAACACACUCUGCUUGAAUGUCCUUCCAUAAGUAAUUUCAAACAUAUUCUGGACUAUAACAACUAUGGUCAAAUAUGACAGUGUCACUGGGCAUCCUUUUGACAUAAUGGGAGAACAUACAAGUAAAAUUACCAGAAAAAUCUUGGAGCACUUCCUUUCUGAAGUCCCAUCCUCCUCUUUUAAGGGGGAUGCUACAUGUUAAAACCAGUGUAACAAGAAGUUGCACAAUGCACAAGUCUUUACUUGAUAAUGCCAUAACAUUUAUGACAUAAAGUAAAAGUAACUUCUUUGAUUGAGAUAAAAGUCAAACGACUGUGAUUUUUUUUUUUUGGACCAACUUUUGAAAUAUUAUUUUCUUCUAAGAGAAGUUUGGGAAAAGGCCUCUCAUAAUGUUUUUGUCUUUUGUGAAUUGUUAUUUUGUUGUGUUUUUAUAUCUGUUUAGCAGUUUGUUUAUGUUUUUCGAAUAAUGUCAUAUCUUA